CACCAGCUCGGCAGUCAGCGCGGAACGAUCGGCGCGCGCGCACGCCGCUUCCCCCACCACCGUACGCGAUCGCGACAAACUUCACCCAUACGUGCCCGUUACCAAAUAGUGUUUCAUAACAGUUCAGUGUUUGUUUACUUUUUAAUUUCAACCAGCAAUUGGACGCACGCAGCCAACGACUCUGCAAAGAGAUAUCGACGAUUGUCUUCGAUGCCGCCCUUAGAAAGGGUCCGUAGCUGAGAAGACGUCGCAUAAACGAGUAACGAGCUGACCAUGCGACGUGGCUGGACACCAUCCAGAUAGACAAGUGUAUACAAAAUAAAGAUGGCGCUGAUAUGGGUGGUGGUGGCGUGUGCGCUGGGCGCGGCGCAGGCGCAGUCCAACUACGGCUCGCAGGCCAACAACAUCGAGUACCAGGGUGGCUUACCCGAACAAACUGUGUUGGAUGGGAAGGUUACAAAACUAGAUGAUCUCAGUCCAGUCAUUUUCUUGAACCGAACGAAGGCCGCUCUAAACUGCGCUGCUGGUUCCAUGCAGAUUGAAAUGAAAUUUAACGAGAAAUUCUACGGCAUCGCGUACGCAGACUUCGAUCGUCACUCUGCAUGUCAGGUGGUCGGCAAGGGCGCCUUGUCCUACAAGCUGGAGCUGCCUUUGAAGGGAUGUGGCACCAAACAGGACCCACUCCGAGUGUUCACGAACAAUAUCGUAGUUCGCUUCCACCCAGGUCUUGAAAUGGAUGGAGACGAGGUCAUCACGGUCGUGUGCCGGUAUCCUCCGCCCAUCGUGCCUGCUCCAGUGUUCAAUCCUCUCAUCCUUCCAGCCGACAAGGGCCCUCUACCGGCGAAAGCGCCUCUAGCAGGCACGCACAUCCUGAUGAUAAUCUGCGCGAUCCUGUUCCUGACGCUGCUGCUCUUGGGGCUCGGAGUCUCGUACUUGUGUCUGAGGAGGCGUGCACUGCCCGCGCCCAGGAGGCUCAUUGACGACUCCACGGCUUCCAUCGUCAGCAGGGAGAGCAUCCAGGAAGUGAAGAUCCCGCGUGCUCACCCAGUCUAUCCUGUGACAGCAGAGAGCGCGAGCGUGGCGUCUGACACUAUACCAUCAGACUACCCAUCAGAGACGCCCAGUGAGGCUGAACAAGUCCAUACUAAUCAGGCCUUCAUUAUGGAGGAGUCCUAUCAUAGCGAAGGUUACGGCGAGGCGCACGAGACUAGCGCAUCUAACGCGCGCUUGCCCGCAGGCGUGGUGGUGGCGCCACCGGCGUUCGACGUGCGCGUGCGCGUACAACGCCCGCCCAUGCCGCCUUCCCCGCCGUCGACCAUCACUGCUACUGAGACUGAUGCUGGUAGUAUGAGACAAAUGACGUUGAUCGAGGAACACGAGCGUCAAGAAUCAGUGCGCACAGUGUCGCCUGUUGCCCUGCCGAUACCAGCGCGGGGUACUCAGCUGCUGCCUCCUGCUAGACCUCCAAAGGCGGAGUGGUCGCGGCGGCCGCGGUCCAUAGUGUCCCUCAAUACGGAGAUGACGGACACCCACUCCGUCACUGAGGUCACUGACAACUCCCAUGCCAGGAUGUUCAAGCUCAAGAAACCGCCUCCUCCGCCGCCGGUGCUGAUGACGGAGCGCCUGCAGACUGAUGAACAAGAGAUGUUGCUGGAGAGUCUGGAGCCUAUACCGGAGACGCCUAUCAUGCCUGCAAGGAAACCGGAAAUAACGUCGCACAUGGUAGACGACGUGAUCCUGCGCACGAUUACGGAGAAGAAGACGAUCGAGGACAUCGAGCGACACAAGCGACUUGUCACUGAGUACAAGCAGGUGCCGCCGCCGCCGCCGCAGUUCGACGUCACUAUCAGGAACCACACGAUGCCAGAAUCUCAAUGGGAGAACUUCUCAGACAUCAGCAGCGCGUCAGGCAUGACGCUGACUCCUAAGAUGGAGAGAGUCCCGCUGUCGCUGCCGCCGCAGAAGUAUAUAGGCAAAGGCGGCCCCGAUCUGUUCUCCCCCGAGCUGAUCAAACAGACCGGCCACUCAUACCACCCGGGUUCCCCCCACGAGCUGCCGCUACUCCCAGAGCUGCCCCCCGCCCGCAACCCGCUGUACCGGGAGGAAGAUGACGAGGAUGUCCCCGAACCCACUCCAGCACCCCCCGUGCCCACCAACUGGAGUGUGCUCACCCGAGUGCUGAAGACAGAAGCUCAGGAUGAGGUGCUACAAGAAACCGAGCGGUCUUUCCGACUGACUCGCGAGGAACGUCUCCGCUGGCGUGAGUUGAUCACUCACGAGAGCACACUGCGGCGUGAGCUGGCUCGCUCCUCCACUCGCGAGGAGUUCUACAGAGUGGCUCACGACCACCGCUUUGCUCCACUGUACCCUCCUCACAAGUGGGAGGUCAUUAUCCGGAUCCUCGCGCCGCCUCCCGAUAAACCGAAGAACCGUUAUCGCAAGAAGACGGAGUGGGACUCCCGAUCUCGACGCAGCUCUCUGCCCACCCUGUAUGAGUACGACAGUGACGCGACCUCGCUGCGAGACCCGCAGCGCUCGCGCCGGUCCUCUUACCGCAGCGACCAUGUUGAUAUGAGGUCGAUGUCAGAGAUGAUGGUAGACUAUGCGCGGGAGCAGGCGGACACGCACUCUGAAGUAUCUGGCGGCACGCAGCUGGGUAGAUACUAUGACGAUGACAGCGACAACGAACAUCCCUUCCAUCAGAACCCAUCGUGGUCCAGGCAUUCUCUCCACCGCUCAGUGAGCCAACCAUCUUUGGCCCGCUCCGCCACCGAAGUAGUGGAGCAGUGGACCGCCCCAGAAGGAGACGUUACUCCCACUCCUGGUAGACGUAUUAGAGGGCCUCAAGGUUUGUCUACCUUCUCGUCAUCUGAAGUCCGCACCUUCCAAGCUUCUAGGGAGUGGCGUGAAUAGAACCAACAAGUUAUUACACUGUAAGUUAUCUUAUAGUACACAGUUCAAAUAAUUAUGUUGGCAAACCUGACAAAUAAUUUUAAAAAAGUACUGUUGUAAAUUUUACACUCAUAAUUAUUAAAAGGUUUACGUGACUCGAUUUUAAAUAUUUCGUGAUUAUUUCCACUACAACGCGGAAAAAAUGGCAAGGAAUAAAAUUUAAUCAUUUAUUUAUUUUUUUGGUUUGACGACACGCUGACCUUUUAUUAAUUUUGAAUGUGUAGAAAGAAAGAAAAAUAUGUAUUCAAAAUGGAGUCAAUUUUGAAUUCUGAACGAAUUUUUAUACUAGCUCAAAGUUUACUCAUUCCAAGUGAUACUGUUCACUGCCUUUGAUGUUUGAUGUACUUAGGUCGUACAAUCCAUUUGUUCCGUCCAUUGUAACUAAUAUACCUGUUUAAGUGACAUAAUAAUAUAAGAUAAUAUUAUAAUAAUAAUAUAAAUAUUUUGUACCUUUAUUUUUUUUGUUGAUGACGUUUUACUUAUAAACUACACGAAAGUAGUACCUAUUAAGAAAAAAUAUUAUAAAGUUAACAGCCGUUUACCAGUCGCUUAAAAGCCUUUUAAAUAUUUAAAAGUAAUUUAUAAGCGCGUAAUCUGGACACUGGUGAAGUUCGAGAUAUUUUUUCUUUUAAAAAGUUUUUAAUGUUGAUUUUGCCAGCCAGCCCAAGUGUGACGUCAUCACACAUGAUUUACCAUUACAAAAGGUGAAUAGUGUAUUUUAAUUAAGAUAAAUAUAAUGCAAUUUUAUAAUAUCUAGUUUAAUUUGAACUAACGUGCCAAAAUAAAAAAAUUAAUGAAAUGCAUUGUAACACACUUUUUAAUAUUGUACUUUACGUACUUUGCUUGUACAUUCGUUAUUCUAAGUACCUAUCGAUAUUUUUUUUUAUAAAACUUUUAUAAUAGAUUUAUGUCUUAAAAUCCAGUGGUUCAAAACCUUUAUUUUUCUUUUAUGAUUUUAGCAGUACUUAAUAGAAAAUUCUGAUUUUAGUGUAAAUAAUGAUUUUAUUCUAAGUCUUUGGGAUGUUAUACUAAAAACCUAGCAGAUGAGGCAAGACGGGCUCAAUAUAUCAAAAUAAAAGAAAAAAACUCUAGAUUUUAGCUAUCACAGAAAUAUAUAUGUCGAAAUAAUGAAGUAUUUUAAAUCUAGCUAUCCAAGAUUCCUGUAUCUAACGUUUAUUUGUAGUAAGUCCCGUCAAAUAAAUUUGAACUAAGUAUAUUGAGUCAAAAAUAAAAAUAUUUUUCUUGCCUCGUUUGCUAUGUCAGUGAGUUUGGGUAAAGGGAGAUGGGAUUGUGCGAAAGUGCUCAAUAAUGGUUGUAAGGUGUUUUAUCGGAGACAGUACCUGCUAAAAUAUUGUAUAACUUUUUUACUGACUUGUCACUACAGUCUCCUUUAAAAAUACCUUUCUUAUUUUAGGUUUUUUUGAUGAGAAUAAUCAAGUGGUGCUAAGCGAAAUAAUAUUUUUGUAAACAAAUAAAGUUUACUGUAGAUUUGUAUUUACAAACUGAUCCAUAUUGUGUAUUUUGAUAUUUUUAAUCAAUAUACGUACCUACCUUAACAAAUA